AAAUGUGCUCUAACAGAUGAGGUUUUCUGUUUGACAUUUGAUCCAUUGUUCUCUGAUUUUGAGUAGGGAAGUAAGUAAGAUGAGUCGCAGGUACGACAACCACAGCCAAAGAUAUCCGUCUCCUAGAUCCAAUUUCAGAACUGAGUACCACAUUGGAAACGGAUACAUCAACCCACGCCCUACUGACAGCAGAGAUAAUAAACCCGCAAAGAGUAUAUACACACAGGAACUGCUUUCAAUGAGGAACAAAUCUGAAAGUCAUUCCCGAUCCGAAGACAGCGAGUCAAGUGGAGAAAUCGAGCGCCAUGGUCACAAUAAACAAAAAGAUGCUGGAUCCAGAAACCGUUAUCGCAGUUCCUCUGAAGACUCAGAUCGUUCGAAUGAGCCACGGAGAUCUGGCAACGAUAGGAGACAUCGCGACGAAUCGUCUGGUAGUGAACGUGGGUAUGAACAGCGUUAUAAAAAGCGAUCGAGUCGACAUGGUUACGAAAACAGUUAUCAUCGGUCGCUGAAAGGUAAAAAGAAUCAGAAGAACUAUUCGUCUCAAAGUAGUUCAGGUGAUGAUAAUUACGAGAAAAGAUCACGUUCACGGAGUUACAGAGAAUCGCCAAAGCGACCAACAAAUAAUUAUGAAAGCCUUCCAAAAAGUCAUAAAAGGGUACGAUCUGGUUCUGAAUCAUCGGAAGAAAGUGUACGAGAAGUUGAGCGGUUGCCGUCACAUAAGACGACCACCCGUGAAUCGCCCGAAAGCGAAAGAAUCCGAAUCAAUACUCCUGGCAAAUCUAAAAGAAUUGGAAUUAAACCAAAAAUCGAAGAGCUGGUUAUGAACAAAAAAGAGAAAGAAAUUAGAAAGAGCUCGGACGAUGAUCCAUACGAACCGGUAAGUCGUGAUGAUACGCCUCAGGAGCAGCGAAACGCGAGCACUGCCGACAGUGGAUCGUCGCGAGAAGCGAAAUUGCACAUGUUAUGUACUAUGGGUUUGGUAAAAGAAAACGAGAAAAAUGCUCUGCCAAAUGAGUAUAUCGAUGAAAUAUGGGAUGCAGUUUGCAAAGUAAGGAAAGAGAAAAUAAACUCUGAGAUGGAAAAAUUGACACCACAGGGUCGACUGGAACAGAAGAUUAAAAUGGCGGUUGACGGGAGGAUUAGUAAUAUGUACCCGAAAGCGGACGAGAUUUUGUCGAGUCAAAGAGAGGCGAAAAAUGGCAAGGGUAGAUUUCCGGACUACGCAAAUAAAGCGGGAAUGAAGACUCCGACUAUUGACAUCGGAGAGCGGAAACAAGUGGCAGAUGCACUGACUGUGAGAGAAAGGCAGAUCCAGUUAUUGAAGGAGGAACUGGAAACGGUGGAAAGGGCGAUUGAGAAGCAGUUCCGUGUUGGCCGAGGGGAGAGAGACGAGGAAGUUCUGAGUGAACAGAUGCGACUGGGGGCUGAACUGAAGAGCAAGAUAUCUCACAUGCAGAGAGACAGAGAGGCGCUCAAGGCCAAACUAGUCACUCCCAGGUCGCCCGUCAAACCCGAGACAUCAUCGCACAAACUGAAUUCUAGCAGCACAAGUGAUAUGGGUGCGUUCAAUGGUGGCGUGGGUGGUGCUGAUAGUGACAAUGCAGCAGUUAUGCUUGAUCUGCAGUUUGACUACUAUGACGGAGGGAGGCACUACUGUAGAAUGUGUGAUGACACAUCCAACACAAUCAUUCACUUCCUCACACACCUACACUCCACAAAGCACAGAGAGAUUGCAAGUGUGUAUGGAGACCGUCCUUGGACUAAAUUGAGAGAAUCGAAAGUAGAGAGAAGAACAGGCGCCGACCUAUCCCCAGAGCCCAUCAGUGGAACCGAGUUUGUGAUUCCGACGUUGGGUUUCUUCUGCAAGCUAUGUUGCGAAUUCUCGGGUGACGUUGCCGACUGCGAAAACCACGUGAUGAGCGAGCGUCACAACCGAAACUACCGGGAACAUCUGAAGAAAAACAAAUCUUAUGAGCAGAAACUCCGACUUGAGCGAAAAGGAAGCUGGCAGCAAAUCUCCCGCUCGAAAAGCCGAGACAAGCCGAAACAAAUUGACGAGUUGAGUAUGAUUCAAUCCCCUGAAAGUGUCAAGCACGAAACCAAAGAGAUAUACGAUGAUGCGUUUGGGCUGAAUAAACUCGUUGAUGAAUCUGUGAAAAAAUACGGCAAACAUGAGCAAACAAGGAAAGCACGAAGUAAUUCGUCAGAGUCUGAUUCAGGUGAUAAUAAAAGUCGAAGUAAAAGCUCAGCGAAUAAGUCGAAGAAAAAUUUUGCCGAGGAAGUAGCAGGAAAACCGAACUUUACAGUGACCAUAAAUAGAAGUGAUGACGAAGAAGAGAUGACGCAACCGAGUGAGCCAAGAGGGAACUCCGGAGUUCGGAGAGACGAGAAGGAGGUUGAAAAGGAAGAGUCUGACGACGGAGAAGCGUCGGAGGAGUCGAUUAUAGGUGGAAAAUGGAAAGAAGUCAAACCGCCGAGCGAAAUCAGUAGCCGCAAAAGCGUUGAAAUGUCAAUUUCUAAAUCGAAAUCAAAGUCGUCUCCCAGUCCAUCUCCGCCGCCAAAAGCAUUCAGAACUGAAAAUCGGAUAAGAUCCGAAUCAAGGUCUCCGUCUCCCAGGAGAAGAUCGAGGUCCAGAUCUGCCUCCCGUGAUAAGAGAACAUACCAGCAUAAACGGUAUUACAAGUCACCACCUAGAUAUAACUACGGAUACCAGAACUCAAGGUAUAAUAGUGAUCGUCACAGGGACCACAGGAAUCGGGAUCCGAGAGAUAACUACAUUCGAAAUCGGUAUUCGAGGUCUCGCUCUGACUCUAGACGUCGGCAAAGCAGUAACUCAGAGGAAAGAAAUGACCGCAAACGGCAGUAUUCGCCCAAACGCAAGCGAUCUCCCUCAAGUGCAAGCAGCGAAAGAGAGCAAACGCCACCAAAACGGAUUAAACGAGAUCUGAACGAACCUAUUUCUUGGAAAACGGAACUGGUUGAUAAGCAGAAAGAACCAGACAAUGCACAAACUAUGUCUAGUUUUGCAUUAAAAAAGAUCUCGCUGGCGUUGACAGGAAAUGACCAGUAUUUCACUGAAGAAUCGAAAGAUAAGCAGCCCAAGUUUGGGUUCAUGGAAGUUCAACCGAGUAAUGAAGAUCUAGAUCCAGCUAAACGAGACAAUAAAGAGUCGAUCAGUUUCUCGAUCAGCAAAGAAGACAAGCUCAAGAAACAGAUUCUGGAGACCAAGAUUUUCAGCCAGAUACAUAAACCGAAAACGAACAAAUCCAGUAAUAAUAGCGAAAGCCAGACAGGAAAAAUGAAAUCGUUUACUGGGAAGAAAAGUUCAAACAACCCGGCUUCUCAACAAGCCCAGGGCAGCACAAUUCCCCCUGCCAAUGCACCACCUGCGACUACUGAUGCUGCUGCUGGUUUUUCGGGCAUGACGCCUAUCGGCCAACUGAGCCAUGAACAGAACUACGAUGACGACCCACCUCCACCUGGAAUGGAAUGAACGGAUGAUAGAAAAAUGAUUCGAUUUCGAAGUGAUCAUUUCUGCAGUAAAACUAGCUUAUUGUAAGCGGCACCAUGAAUUUAAUAUAUUGUAUUGAGGUUCAAUUCACAUUUAUUGCUUUUUGACA